GCCAGUGGGUUUCUCCAGCUGACGAAUGGAGAUGGAGCGACACCUGGGAGAAAGCGGCGGUGCUCUGGCCAACAGCACCAACAGCACGGCCACACCCGGAGCGGCGUUCCCCGCGGAGGCGCUCUCGCAGCGGUUAGCCGUGGUGGCUCUGCUAGCGCUGCUGACGCUGCUGACGGCCCUGGUGAACGGCGCGGUCAUCGCCGCCAUCUGCACCACCAAGAAGCUCCACCUCCCUGCCAACUACCUGAUCUGCUCGCUGGCCGUCACAGACCUGCUGGUGGCCGUGCUGGUGAUGCCCGUCAGCAUCUUGUACAUCACGGUGGAGGUGUGGCUGCUGGGGCCGUUCGUGUGCGAGGCCUGGCUGAGCGUGGACAUGACCUGCUGCACCUGCUCCAUCCUGCACCUGUGCGUGAUCGCGCUGGACCGCUACUGGGCCAUCACUAAAGCCAUCGAGUACGCCCGCAAGAGGACGGCCCGGCGCGCCGCCGCCAUGGUGGCCACCGUCUGGCUGAUCUCCGUCUUCAUCUCCAUCCCGCCGCUGUUCUGGAGGCAGCGCGGCGACGGCUCGCAGCAGUGCAUCAUCGAGCACGACCACGUGGGCUACACCAUCUACUCCACCUUCGGCGCUUUCUACAUCCCCAUGACUCUGAUCCUCAUCCUGUACUCGCGCAUCUACAGCGCCGCUAAGACGCUGUACCAGAAGCGCGGCUCCUCGCGGCACCUGAGCAGCCGCAGCACCGACAGCCAGAACUCGGUGAACCACUGCCGGGUCACGCACGCCUUCUGCGUCUCGGACGUGUCCAGCUCCGACCCCGCCGCGGAGAACACCGUCCGCGCGCCGUCCUUCGACAUGGAGGCGCCGGAGCUGGACGAGAGGAACCAGAUCUGCACGUCCCGGGAGAGGAAGGCGGCGCGGAUCCUGGGCCUGAUCCUGGGAGCCUUCAUCCUGUGCUGGCUGCCGUUCUUCCUGAAGGAGCUGCUGGUGGGGCUGAUGCUGCUGAAGCCCUCGCCGCAGCUGUCCGACGCCCUCACCUGGCUGGGCUACGUCAACUCCCUCAUCAACCCGCUGCUCUACACCAGCUUCAACGAGGACUUCAAGCAGGCCUUCAAGAGGCUGAUCCGGCGCAAGGAGCACACAUAA